AUGGCUAUGAACAACUUGGAGCGAAUCCUACAGAAAGACAACAAACAACUUUCAAAGAUUGCAAGAAAAGAGAUUGCAAGGUAUUGUUUUACAUCCAACAGAGUGUGGAUUCAAACAACUUUGAGAGGAUCUCAAAGGCAUCUACAUCAAAUGAGACAUGGGAGAUCUUGGUCAAGUACUAAACAGAUCCUUAGAACAUUAACACAAAGGUAUGAUCAUAUUGUAGUGGCCAUUGAAAAAUCAAAGGAUCUUAAUAAGAUGAAGGUGGAAGAUUUGCAAGGCUCUCUUGAAGCUCAUGAACUGAGAGCAAAAGAACGAUCCAAAAAUGGUCAAAGAGAGGAUGAUGAAGCACAAAUGACAAUUGAGAAUGCAGACUCAGAUGAGGUGUUGUUAAUGGCUACAACAAAAUCAGAUGAUGACUGCCCAGAGCAGUGGUACCUUGACAUAGGUUGUUCAAAUCACAUGACUGACCAUAAAUAUUGGUUUAUAAACAUUGAUGAGAAGGUGAAAAGGGAGAUCAGAUUUGCCUAA